AUGACCCAGGAGGGGCAGGCCCUGCCCUCUCCCACCCCGCCAGAGACUCCAGUGGAGCCCGGUCCGACCAGCGGCGCCCCCGCCGCGGACCCCACCUCACAGAGACACAGCAGGGCGGAUGAGGAGCAGCCGGAGGCCGGCGCCGGCGAGCUAGAGAAGGGCAAACCAGAGGAGGAGACCAGAGAACUGGCAAAUGGCAUCGGUGGAAAUGACGAGGAGGAGGAGGCAGGUGAGGAAGACGACGGAGGAGAGGAAGGGGGGACACUCACGCAUCUGGACGCCUUCAGCUCCAACUUUGAGAGCAGCGUGGAACACGCCGACACCGAGGUGGAAGAGGAGGACGAGGAGGAGCAGAGAGAGGCAGACGGGGGAGAGAACCAGGACACCUUCAGCUCGGCCUUCGAGCAGAUCGUAGAGCAGGCCGACGUCCCGGACGAAGACGAAGAGGAAGAGCAAGAGGAAGAGGAGAGGGAGAAGAGCAAGGUGGACAAUAAAGACGGAUUCAGCUCCACGUUCGAGCGCAUCGUGGAGUCGGCCCUGCUCAGGGGGGGGACCUGCUACAGCAGCCUGGACUCUCUGGACGUCCUGUCGCUCACAGACGAGACGGACAGCUGCGUCAGCUUCGAGGCGCCUUUGACUCCGCUCAUCCAGCAGAGGGCCUUCUUGCAGGGCCCGGAACCUCUGGAGCUGGAGCUGGCUACUGUGCAGGAGCAAGAGGGGGCCGAGGCUGGACCCGAGGCCCCGGGGGGAGAUCUGACGGACGAGGACAGCCCCGCCCGCGGGGCGGCGGCCGGCGUCGGGGGAAGCCCGUUACGGACCACCAUACCGGGCAGCAGGUCGGAGUUUGUGCUGAGCCAGCCCGGACGCUGGGCCAUCCCCAACGGAUACCAUACAGACUCCCACACGGCCCCGGAGGGCUGUGGAGCCAUGAUCAGCUCCGUGAGCGAUGCCAACCUCACAGACGUGCUGUCUGACUCAGAGGAGUGCGAUUUGGGCAGUCUGGAGCGUUUGGAGCGCGGGAGCACCGACACCCUGGCCAACGGCUGCCGGGCCGACUGCGAGGCCGCCAAGAGGCUGGCCAAGCGGCUCUAUCACCUCGAAGGCUUCAAACGCUGCGACGUGGCCAGACACCUGGGCAAAAAUAACGACUUCAGCCAGCUGGUGGCAUCAGAGUACCUGAGCUUCUUUGAUUUCUCCGGCCUGUCCCUGGACCGAGCCCUGAGGAACUUCCUGAAGGCCUUUCCUCUCAUGGGAGAGACUCAGGAGAGAGAGAGGGUCCUCGUCCACUUCUCCAGACGCUUCUGCCACUGCAACCCGCAAACGCCCACGUCUGAAGAUGGAGCCCACACAUUAACCUGCGCCCUCAUGCUGCUGAACACGGACCUGCACGGACACAACAUCGGUAAGAAGAUGUCGUGUCAGCAGUUCAUCAGUAAUCUGGACGGCCUCAACAACGGCAAAGACUUUCCCAAAGAUUUAUUAAAGGUCUUAUACAACUCCAUCAAAAACGAGAAGCUGGAGUGGGCAGUUGAGGAGGAGGAGCUGAGGAAGAGCCUGUCAGAGCUGGUGGAGGAGCAGUGUGAGGGCGGGAGCAAGCGUGUUGCCAGGGUAACGGACGGCAGUAACCCCUUCAUCGCCAUCCCCAUCCUCCUGAACGCCGUCACCUACAAACACGGCGUGUUGACCCGCAAGAGCCACGCCGACAUGGACGGCAAGCGCACGCCGCGGGGCCGCCGCGGCUGGAAGAAGUUCUAUGCGGUUCUGAAGGGGAUGAUCCUGUAUCUCCAGAAGGAUGAGUACAAGCCCGACGCAGACAUCUCAGAAGUGGACCUGAAGAACGCCGUGCGGAUACACCACUCCCUCGCCACCCGAGCCACCGACUACAGCAAGAGAGCCAACGUCCUGAAGCUGAAGACCUCGGACUGGAGAGUGUUCCUGCUGCACGCGCCGAGUGAGGAGGAGAUGAUGUCCUGGAUCUUCCGGAUAAACCUGGUGGCGGCGCUCUUCUCAGCGCCGGCCUUCCCCGCCGCCAUCGGCUCCAUGAAGAAAUUCUGUCGGCCAAUCCUGCCGUCCUCAUCCACCAGACUCAACCAGGAGGAGCAGCUGGUGAGUCACGAGAGCAAGCUGAAGCAGAUGAGCCUGGAGCUGGAGGAGCACCGGAAAAACCUGCCCUCGGCCGACCCCAAGAGCCGCGAGUGGGAGGAGUACCGGCUCAAAGAGCACUACCUCACCUACGAGAAGACUCGGUAUGAGACCUACAUCAGCCUCCUGCAGGCUAAAAUCCGCGCCGAGACGGACGACCUGGAGAAGAUCGAGGCCAGCGUGAUGGGCGGCCUGAUCCUGGAGGGCGGCCUGGCGGGCCGCGAGUACCACCUCCGCAAGACGCAGUCGUCCCCGUCCAUCAGCCAGGCCCACGGCGGCGGGCUGAACGGGCGGGCCGCCGUCCCGGGACAGAGGAGCUGAGGACCGGAGCGGCCGGGAGGAUGCAGCCGCCGCCCAGACCGAACGAUCUCGUUCUGACGACUCCGGACUGCUUUUAUCGUUCGCGUUUUGUGAACUGAUGCUGCUCCGCUCCUCCGAAGCCGUCGAUAUCCUUCCCAGAAUCUAUCACCCCGAUGAUACGUUUCUGUCCUUGAGCAAUAGACGAAGACGAUGAAGAGUGCGCCCACAACCUCGGCUCCUUCAACUUUUAUCAUUGCACAUUUAAAUGGAUCCUAACUGUGAUCACUAUUUAUAGCAACGCCAUCAGUAUUAUUUGAGAGGAGCCGCCGUCGGUAGUAGAGACAUGUUUGGGACGCAGACUGGUCCGUCCUCUCCGUCCUCCACCUGGGGAUCAGCGUCGGCGUCGUAGAGACGGUACUAUUGUAGCAUUUUGGCCUUUUCGUUUUUGUCUUCUUUACACUCGUGUUUACACACUCAGCCGCUCACAGGUGUGUGUGCACAGCCUGGACCUACAGUUUGAGCGGCGUGCGGUGUGUGGAGGCGCAGCAUGUUUUAGUCCUGUCAACCCUCAGAAGGAUAGAGUCCCCUGUAUAGCAUAUUUAUUUAUUUAUUGAACUGUUUGAACCUUUAUUUACUUCAAGAAGGGGUUUACAUUCAGCCUUGCCGCCCCCAGAUGUCCUUCCUGCAGCCGGCCCACCAGAGGAGCUGAAGGUUUAGAGCCGUCUGAGCAGCUUGUGGGACGCCGCUCAGUCUCUCGUCAUGCAGAUCAAACCAAACUAUCCGAGAUGCGAUAAUCCCGUACGAAAGACGACGCCACGACGGAUGUAUCGGACAGAAAACGCGGGAGCGAGAUGAAGCUCUGUACGUUUGGGCGUGAGGCUUCUGGAGGAGGAAGUGAAGGGCCGAACAGGAAAGUGUAGGUGGAAGGCAAGAUGGAGUGUGUGUGUGUGCGCGUGCGUGCGUGCCUGCGUGCCUGCGUGUGUGUGUGCUAGUAUGCUUUUUAAGUGGUUCCAGUGGAAAUGUCGAAGCUGUAGGCAUCAGGAAGAAGAAGCAAAUAUAGCAGGGUCUUGUUGUCGUGCAAAGAAAUUUUCUGAGCAUGUUUGGUGAGGAAGGAUCCGGCGGCUGCGUCGUUCACACUCGUGCCGUCAUCCCGUCCAGAUGAACAGCGUGACAGUUCACUUUGCAUGCACGCUGCUGUUUUUUCAAAUCGAUUAUUUUAACGAGGGCCUAAAAGAUGUAAACGGAUGACACACGGGCUGCUUUCAUCAGGUACAAUAUCCACAUGACAGUGUUGGUCUGGAUAAUGUCUUAAGAGUCAUGUUGCCUCAUAAAAUGUGUCGAAACAUCAAAACAGCUGCAACGAUUCCAGGAAGUGACAUUUCCUGCUUCGGAUGCUUCGUGAUUUCUUUGGUUGGAGCCACGCUCAUUUUUAAAUUGAGGAGUUUCAGGGUUUGUUCAGGAGGGGGCAGGUGUGGCUUUACUUUCAGGUGAGUCGUCUCAAUCCAACUCCAGUCAAAUGCAGCGCAGAAAACAAGUAAAAGAAAGACUUUUGGAGGGGUUGAUGUCUGGCGGUAAUGGUGUUGUUAUUUUAUUUAUAAACAUUUAGCAAUUCAGGACUUUCUAGCUGUUUCAUGGCCCGAAAAUUCAGAAGUACGAAACCAUAAAUACAUCAGGUACACCAGAUACAGAUGAUAUAUAAAGACAAUGGUGAGCAACUGCAAAAAAUUAAUUUUUUUAAUGUCAAAUAGACUUUAACAGUAAUUGUUUUUAAUAAUGUGGAAAUCUAGUAUACAACUAAAAAUAUGACUGCUCAGUGUAAAAGCCUGGGAUUUGGCAUCAUAAAGGAAGGUUUGAGAUACUUCUUACAGCAGCCGUUCUGUUUCCAUCUUUUAGUGCCCAUUUAAAACCGCAAACACGGAAAGAAGCACCUUUUACCUCCCACAGCAUCGAACCGAUACCUGCUUUCGUUGCUCGCGUUACAUGGACCUACACGACCACAGCUUUACUUCAGCCCGGUGUUUUGCGUUGGGAGCCGUGUUGGCCGGAGACGGGCUGCCGACGGCCGAGCGUAGCAGCGGGACUGCUCCGGGUCCGGGAAACAGAGAGGCAGCAAAACAAACCCACCAGCAAGGCAGCCGCGAAAACAGCCUCCGCACGGGCCGGCCGGACGGACGGAGGCCUGCUUUCCGGGAAGCGGACGCCGGCUCGCUUUCUGAGUACGAGCGUCUCCAACGAGGCGAGAUGGGUCGACGGCACGGUCACUUUCCAAAACGAGGAAAACAACCGGUUAAGACCCGGCCUUGUGUGAGCGGGUGGAGAUGAGGCGGUACUGCUGUUUUGUGAGCACCUUAAUCGAGUCCAAUUCUCCUCAAACACACACACUUUCUAUAUAAUCCCCUUAUGACACAACUGUAGAUCAGUACGGCCCCCUCCAGCGCCGCCGCAGCAUGUCGUCCUCCUGGGUUUUGACAGAGAACAGCUUUGAUCUGUGGACACGUCGUCGGCGAGCGACGGGAUCUGAGAUCCGGACCGGGAGCCGGCCGCAGACCUGGAAUCACAGCCGGACUCCCGGGGGCCGGAUUAUUGUACAGACCAAAAUGCUGAAGCGGAGCGGAGUUUUCAGAGAGGAGGAAACCUUUUUCUAAAGCUGUAUUGUUAGGAUCAACACCUGCUUUCUUACGCCGGGAACGCACUGGACGCGGAAGCGUAGCGGAGGCGCCGCGCGCGCCGCGCGCGUCUCCGCGCCGGCGCUUGGCUGUUCGCACUGGAGGCGUAUCUGCUGGCUGCGCUCUCCGCGC